AUGUCUUUGCUGAUGGAAUUGCGCGAGUCCAGAGGCGGCCGCGAUGCAUUCAACGUCCUUUUCCAGCGGCCUCGGGUGACUCCGGAGUCCGAGCGGCGGCGAGAGGGCAGGUCCCAGUCUCUGACGCCCCGGGAGGUGCGCGGCUCUCGGCAGGCGCAGGGCUCAGCUCGCUCGGCGGGGUCCGUCCACGUCCACGAACGCGCGUGUCCAGAACCUCUCCUUUAUUCGAGUUCUUCCUUCCCGCACGGAGGUCCCAGCUGCCCUGCCUCAGCGCAGCGCUCCCUCCACACUGCCGGCCAGCGGGGCUACGAAGAACAAAUCCAGAGCCAGUUGGACCACCUGAGAAGAGUGAAGGACCUGAAGAAGAGGCGCCGGGCGCAGGGCGAACAGGCCCGGGCCGAACUCUUGAGCCUCACACAGAUGGAGAGGGAGAAGAUCGUGUGGGAGUUCGAGCAGCUGUACCACUCCCUGAAGGAGCAGGAGUACCGGCUGCUAGCACGGCUGGAGGAGCUGGACCUGGCCAUCUACAACAGCAUCAAUGGCGCCAUUGCACAGUUCUCCUGCAACAUCUCGCACCUCAGCAGCCUGAUCGCACAGCUGGAGGAGAAGCAGCGGCAGCCCACCAGGGAGCUGCUGCAGGACAUUGGGGACACGCUGAGCAGGGCUGAAAGGAUCAGGAUCCCUGAACCUUGGAUCACACCUCCAGAUCUGCAAGAGAAAAUCCACAUAUUUGCCCAAAAAUGCCUGUUCUUAACAGAGAGUCUGAAGCAGUUCACAGAAAAAAUGCAGUCAGAUAUGGAGAAAAUUCAAGAAUUGAGAGAGGCUCAGUUAUACUCAGUCGACGUGACCCUGGACCCGGACACGGCCUACCCCAGCCUGAUCCUGUCCGACAACCUGCGGCAAGUGCGGUACAGUUACUUGCAGCAGGACCUACCUGACAACCCCGAGCGCUUCAACCUGUUCCCCUGCGUCCUGGGCUCCCCCUGCUUCAUCGCCGGGCGCCACUACUGGGAGGUGGAGGUGGGGGACAAGGCCAAGUGGACCAUCGGCGUCUGCGAAGACUCAGUGUGCAGGAAGGGCGGCGUAACCUCAGCUCCCCAGAAUGGGUUCUGGGCCGUGUCGCUGUGGUAUGGGAAGGAGUACUGGGCCCUCACCUCCCCCAUGACUGCACUGCCCCUGCGGACCCCGCUGCAGCGGGUGGGCAUCUUCUUGGACUAUGAUGCUGGGGAGGUGUCCUUCUAUAACGUGACCGAGAGGUGCCACACCUUCACCUUCUCCCACGCCACCUUCUGCGGGCCAGUGCGGCCCUACUUCAGCCUGAGCUACUCAGGCGGGAAGAGCGCAGCUCCUCUCAUCAUCUGCCCCAUGAGUGGCAUCGAUGGCUUUUCUGGCCAUGUCGGGAGUGAUGGUCGCUCCAUGGAGACCUCCCCCUGA